UUGCCGCCCCUUGCUUCUUAAAGUUUCGAUCACUCCUAGACGCGACGCCCUCAGUUGAACGAGUGUCUUGCUGACCCCUUGGAUAGCUGAUUCCUGAAGUAGCUGCUUCUUUAAUGCCUCUUUGUGAGGCAUUUGGGUCCCUUGUUCCUACAUCAAGUAACAAAUCAAGCUCAGGUGAUGACCCCUCGAUUUACAUGGUUUUUUCUAAUGCUUUUCUCUUUCUUCUUCGUCUAUGGAAAUUCUAUAGACCCCCUCUCGACCAGUGGUUGUCGGAAGGAGGAGCAUUUGGAGGUGGGCUUACCUUGGAGUAUCUUUUACUGUUGCGCAAUAGCCGCAUUGCAUCAUAUAAUUCUGCUGCUUCAAAUGAAAUCAACAAUGAUUCAGUCCAGUUUCAACCAACAUCUGAUAAGCAUGUAUAUAUUGAUUUUUAUCCCAAAUUACGAGCUUGGUAUUGUCAAAACAAAUCCUGUGUUGCUUCAACAGUAUCUGGACUCUCUACUGGAAAUCCUGUUCAUCAGGUUGCUAACAAAAUUUUAAACAUGAUUUACUCAAAAAUGACUAAAACGGUGUCUUCUUCGGGGAAUUCGUCAACAUUAUCGAGCAACAGUUUAUCUGGGUCCGCGUCAAGUAGUGGAGAAGAUCCUUGCCAGAGACCCAUGCUUCCUGCAUGGGAAGUGUUAGAGGCCAUCCCUUUUGUGCUUGAGGCAGUAUUGACAGCUUGUGCUCAUGGAAGGCUUUCAUCUCGGGACUUGACAACAGGCCUGAGGGACCUCAUUGACUUUCUUCCUGCAUCUAUUGGAGCUAUCAUCAGUUACUUUACUGCAGAAGUUACUCGGGGUACAUGGAAACCAGUUCCAAUGAAGGGAAGAAUGAAAGACUUUUUUGAGACUCAGUUGCAGAUUGCUGGAAUUUGCACAGAAAUAGCUGGCACUGGUCAUUCUAUAAAGCCUACUGAUCCAAAAGUUAAUGAACAGGAUUUGACAUUGAAGAGAUUGGAGGAGCUUAAGGCACACCUUAAGGAACUUCAAAAUGAAAAGAGUUUAAGGUUACAGAAGGUUAUCAGCAACAUUAGUACGAUCCAUGAUCUGUCAGUUGUGAUGUCAAUAGAUUUCUUUGAGACUGUUAAUGAUGUUCACCCUAGCUUGAUUGAUUCUGCAAAUGGUCAGUCCAAAAGCAUCAGCAAUGACACGCUUGCUAGGUUGACGGGUGUGAUACAUUCACUAAAACAGGACAAGCAACAAAGGCUACAAAAGCUUCAAGUUCUUGGACGCAUGCUGAUAGAGCUGUGGAACCUCAUGGACACACCUAUUGAGGAACAAGGAAAAUGGGACCGCAUUACUACCUUAAGUUCUUGCUCAGUGAAUGAGGUGUCAAGACAAGGGUCCCUUGCUCUUGAAGUUAUUGAGCAGACUGAGGUUGAAGUUGUGAGGUUGAAUGCUCUAAAAGCCGGAAAAUUGAAGGAUUUGGUUUUUAAGAGGCAAAAUGAACUGGAGGAAAUCUACAGAGGAUGUCACAUGGAUGUAGAAAGUGAUGCAGCAAGGCAGAUUCUUAUAGGCCUCAUAGAAUCUGGUAAUGUUGAUCUUUCUGAUCUGCUAUCAAGCAUGGAUGACCAGAUUAGAAAAGCCAAAGAGCAAGCUCUUAGCCGGAAGGAAAUUUUGGACAAGGUAGAGAAAUGGAAAUGUGCAUCUGAAGAAGAAAAAUGGCUUGAUGAAUAUGAAAAGGCAAGUAUAAUUGAGAAAUUAAAAUUAAUUACAAUUGUCUGUAUACUUUUUGGCCAGUGUGGGAUGGUAGUUUUUUACGCCUCCACAUUAUUGCACAUGUAUGAUGUAUCACCAUGUUACAAUUGGUCAUGCGGUAGGUUUUAUGUGCAUUAAUGUGUUCAGAGGUGACAUUAUAUCUUGCAAUCUGUAUAAAAUUAUUUUGAAAUAUUUAGUUUCAACAGGACAGCUACUUCUUACAAUAGUAACAAUACAUUUUAAGAAUACGACAUGCCCCAUUACUAUCUUUGUCGAGUCUGAAAUGAAAGAAAUACUUUCUGUUGCAGGAGUUAAAUUUCCAAGCUGUUCCUCUGGUAGGGUUCACUGGAUACUUUAAAUUUUAUGUUGUCCUACUAUAACAAUAAUCUAUUCUAAUUUCAUUUUGACUUGACAGCUUAUAUAUGGGUAAAUAUAUAAAUCAAAUUUCACAUGAGCAACAACAAAGUAUUGUGCAAUGAAAUGUGCACCUUAGUUUGUGCAUUUCUGGGUUAUAAAUGGUAAGGCCACUGCUCGGUUAUGGUCUGAAGAAGAUUCUUUAGAUGGGAGAAUUCUAUCUUUGAUGUUUUUGCUUGAAGUGGUUAUGCUCUUGAGAUUUGAUCUGCAGCUCCUUCCAGUUGCAAGCCUUAAACUUUUACUACUGCAUUAAACAAUGGUCUCUAUAGCUAGAGAUCAAUUAGACUAUUCCUUUUUUAUUUUGACUAUUAAUGGUGUUCAGGACAACUGCUUGGGAUAUGGCUCCUUUUGGAGUGAGCCUUGUUUUGUUGGGGCCUUUCCUUGGUGAAAACCUGUUGCUACCUCCUAGUUUGUAUUUAGUGUCUUUUUUGGUUUUCUCCUUGCCAUUGUGGAAUCCUUUUGAUUUUGGUGCCAUUUGGCUAAACCGUUUCUAAUAAUUGGAUGCAUAUUAUAAAUUAACUGAUAACACAUAUAGAUCUGUUGCUAAUGAUUAAGAUUACUUAUUUUCUUUGCUACUAACUUUUUGUAGCUGCAGGGCGUUCACCUGUCAUGCUUCCAUUGCCAAUGGCAGCUCUGGUCAGUUUAACCAUUACUUUCAAACUCAACCAGGGCCUUGACCACAUUCAUUCUGUAGUUGGGCCAGCAUUGGAGAAUUGUGCAUCAGGUUGCCCUUGGCCCAGUGUUCCUAUCAUUGGUUCUCUGUGGAUCUCAAGCAUCAAUUUUUUACCCUAGCUCAUCACAUGGAUCAUCUUCUACUGCAUCCUAUUGCGCUCAGUCGGAGGCAAUGGAGGAAGAGAUUCAACAAUUGCAUCAGACUGUUGCAACGCUCAAGGAUAGUUUGGUUGCAAUGGAGGAGAGAGACCGACAACGCGAGUUGAUGCUAGAGGAGAGAUAUAGACAACGUGAGCAGACACUGGAGGAGCGCAUGCAACAAAUGAUGCAAAACAUGAUGGCACAAAUGAUGCAGAGUACGCAGUUUACAGCCCCAACUCCAGAUGCGACUCAUCAGGAUGAUGGUAGAGAGGCUGAUAGUGGUGAUGAGUGAUGAUCUUGUUAAUGACAAGUAGCUUGUUUUUUUUGUUAUUAUGAUAUUUUAUUUUUCCAUACAGUACAUUAUUGUCAUAACCCUUCACUGUCAUAUUUAUAUAUAAUAUUGACUGAUAUUUGAUA